UACCCUCUUCUAUCCAACAAACCAUAAAAGAAACACAAACGAUAAUUCUUAACUAAAUAGAAUAUUUUAAAAUGGCCAGGCUCCAUGGUAUGGUUCUUCUCAGUUUAUUGGUUCUUUCCGGUUUACUUAUAAUAACCGAGAGUCGGGUUGCAAGAAAGGACUUGGGGAUAGGUGUUGGACUGGGUGUUGGGUUGGGAAUUGGUCUUGGUGGUGGCUCGGGAUCUGGUGCUGGUGCUGGGGCUGGUUCAGGCUCACGGUCUAGUUCAUCAUCUAGCUCAAGCUCAUCUUCGAGUUCAAAUUCUGGUAGUUCAGGUGGCUCGGCUGGAUCGUCUGCUGGUUCUUUUGCCGGAUCCAGGGCUGGAUCAGGAUCUGGUAACUAAAUCCACAAGUUAUGUUUUCCAAACAAUGAGGGAAACUGAAUAAGUAAUGUAAUGUUUUUAUUUUUCCUAUAAUGAUGGUUUGAAGUGUACGCUAUAGUAGCUAAAAUUGUGUGGAUUGGAUUAAUCAUCCAUGUUAUUUCCUUGCAAAAAAAAGGGUUGUCUUUUUAAUUAUGAAGAAAACUAUUUUAAUU